AUUCACUCGCUUCUCUAAGCUCGUCUUUAUCUUUUUUUUUGCUUCCCUUUUUCCUCCAAAUUUAAUCCUUCGAUUUUCUCUUCCCAUUUUCCCAGCGUUAUGACCCUCACACGACGUUACCAAAUCUAUAUCUUUUUAUGGAAAUUUAUUAGGGUAAUUCGAAAUUAGAAAACCGCCAUUUUUGAAUCAGUUCAAUUCUUCUUGUUCUCGGGAGUAUAUUGUUGUUAAGUUGCUGGAAGAGUUGAAAGCUAAUGGAAGUUUCAUUGAAAUGUUGGUUUCUGUUCGAUUUUUACACUUCUGCUGUUUAAGUUUUUUUUUUCAUUACAAUUGAUGCUCACUGUAGAGGAAGAGUGAAGUUUGGCGUUGGGUUUAGUCUAGAUUUGUAGAUUCAGCAACGGUCUCUUUUGAUUGUCUGAACUUUUCACCGGCGAAAUCGGGGUUUUGUUUUUUAUACUCUGUUGUUUUCUUUGAUAGCUUGAUUCAUAGCAUCAAUCUUAUUUCAGUCCGUCGUUGAUACCGUUUUGCUUGAUACUGUGUUUAUAUUAGCGACUAGAAAACUAGUGGCAGCGUUGGAUAUUGAAGUUAUUUUGUAGGAAAUGGCUUGUGAAGCUAUAAAACUGUGGACUUUUAAUGGAUUAGUAGCUGCAUUUCUUGAUCUUGGUAUAGCUUUUUUAUUAUUAAGUGCAUCAAGUCUUGUUUUCUUUACAUCCAAAUUUCUGGCAUUGUUUGGAUUAUGUCUGCCUUGCCCUUGUGAUGGGCUAUUUGGGAACCUUAGUAGUGAUCACUGCUUCCAAAAGUUACUGGUGGAUCGUUCGUCUAGAAAAAUAUCUUCAGUCGUGCAUUCUACUAGAGAAAAGUUCCCAUUAGAUUCCUUGUUGGAUGGACCAAAAUGUUGUUCUAAGUCAAUGUUGGUUCACGAAAGGAAUGUCAAGGGGGAUCGUGUUGAAUUGGAAGGUGAAGCGUCAGGUAGUUCCUCUUUUAAAAUCAGAUCACCACAAGCUAUGGUUUAUGGAGACUAUCCCAGUGUCAAUGAAUUGCAUUGUGGGGAUGGUGGGGAUCGCAGGAAGGUCAUAUCAGCAUCUUCGUAUGUCAUUUCGCAGGCGGAUGUGGAACUUGAAGACCUUUCUCGUUCUCCUUCAAGCUUCAGUGGAUUUGGGAAUGACAAUACCGAGGAUGAUGGGUUCUUUUCUGUUGAUUCUGGAGAUGAAAGGGAGGAUUCAUCAGACAACAGCGAUCAAUAUAAAGUAUUUCCGGAUCUUGAACUAGAUGAUUCUUGUGAUGAGAAAAUAUGUGCAGAGAUGUGUGAAGCCUCUGUUGCAGAGGCUGGGAACAGCUGCAGAAGGGAGUUACGCUUGGAUGGUAAUGAGAGUGAUACAAUCAAACAAUUGGAACAAGCACUUGAAGAAGAACAGUCGGUUCGUGCUGCCUUGUACCUGGAGCUUGAGAAAGAGAGAAGUGCUGCUGCCACCGCUGCUGAUGAGGCCAUGGCCAUGAUAUUACGUCUUCAGGAGGAGAAGGCAUCUAUAGAAAUGGAUGCUAGGCAAUAUCAGAGGAUGAUAGAGGAGAAGACUGCUUAUGAUGCUGAAGAAAUGAGUAUUCUUAAAGAAAUUCUAGUGAGGAGGGAGCGGGAAAUGCAUUUUCUAGAGAAGGAAAUCGAAGCUUUACGGACAAGUUUCUUUGAGUAUGACGGAGUAGGUGUUGAUAUGCUUGACUCGGAAGUUACACCCCCAAGGGCCCCUUCUUUCACCUAUCCAACUGAAGAUCCAUGUAUUAAUAUAUUCAACAAAAAACAUUCUUUGCAACAUGAGAUACCAUCAGUGGGAUCACAAAAAUUAACUUUUGAGUUUGGGGAAGAGUCGCCAUCUAUUGGAGCGGAUGAAACUGCUGAUGCUGCAAAAGCUAGGGGGAUGUUGUUGCUCCAAGUUCCUGAUAUCUACAAGGGUAGUGAAGAGAUUGACUAUGAGUUACAAGGUAAGGACAUGGUAGAGGAUGAAAAUUUAUACGUUGUACCAGGAAAAGUAACUGAAUUAGAGCCAUAUUUGCAAAGCAAUGAGUCAAAUGCUCUAGGUAAGGUUGAGAAAUGCACGGAAUUGAUUGCAGAUGAACAAGAAGUCCACGAAGUGUCAUAUGAUGGGUUGGCUUUUGCUAAAACAACUCUUCCUUGUCAUGAAAAGAAUGGUGACCAUCAACGAACAAGAGAUCUCUACUCUGUGAACAAUACAGAUCCCCAUCUUCAUGAUAUUCAUGUUGUUGAAGAUGAAGCUAAAACUUCAAAUGAAGCAGUUGAUAAUGCAAGUGAAGAACCUUUGGUCAAUGGUACCUCGAAUAUUCCAGGUAAAUGUGACAGUCCAUCCUUCAGUUUGUUGCAGAAUGAACUAGACUUCACGAGAAGCAGCUCAGAUGCCUCUGGAAGAUUUCCACCAAUUGCUCGUUCUCGAAGCCAUUCCAUGCGAUCACAAUUGCGUAGAAACUCGAUGUCUGCAGUUGAUUAUGAAAGGUCAAAAAUUGGCAAUGAAGUUGAGUGGCUCAGAGGAAGGCUAAAGAUUGUUCAAGAGGGAAGAGAAAAACUCAAGUUCUCUGUGGAGCACAAAGAGAAGGAAAGCAAUCAGUUUCAACUUUUAGAAAACAUAACAAAUCAACAUCGCGAAAUCCGACAACUAACGGAUCCUGGAAAGGCAUCUCUCCAGGCUCCACUGCCUCCAUCCUCAAAGGAUGUGUCAAAGAAGCGUUGCUGGCGAAGUUCGUCCUUGAGCGUUCACAGAAGCAGCUAACUAGUUUGAAACUCUCACGUAUAAGAAACAAUAAGAAAAUAACGAAACACCAUAGCAGAUCAUAUGAUAAAGCAUCCUCCAGGUUAGAAAUUCUAGUCCUCUUUCCCCACUGUCAUAAAAGACUACAAAUCAUUUGUAAAUUAGGAAUAACUUGACAUGUUAUGUCUUAUAGUUUGACAGGUUAUACCUUCUGUACAUUCUCUUAAAAAGUUCUGAUGCGGCUGAUAAAACGUAGUUACCAUAUUUAUGUCUGUUUAGAUGCAUGAGCAUAAGUUGGUAAAACAUGCUUCUUGUUAUUAAACCUGUAGAAGCAGUAACCAUAUUUGAUUGUUUGGUCUAUUCAAAUAGCUUGUUUGGUCUAUUCAAAUAGCUUUUUCGACGUU